AUGUGGGACCACAUAAAGAAAAAGAUGAUUCCACUUCAGCAUGUGCCUGAAAGUCCACUAGGUUAUGCAGAGCUAAUUGGUUACAGUUCAAGUGAGGGAAGUGAUACAAAUUAUGAGCCCGAUUUAGAGGAAAAUGAAGGUGGGACAAGGGAGGUUAAUGAGUCAGAUGCUGGAGAGUAUGAGUAUGCCAUAGAUGGAGAUGAAAUUGCAAAUUUAGAGAGAGAAGCUGAUGAGUUUAAUGAUGAGUUGUUAGGAUAUGAUUCAGACACGAGUGAUGAUGAGUUACAGAUAGCUAAGACUAGGGUGAAAGAGUGCAAUCACAAGCUUCAUGAGAUUGCUCAGCAACUAGAAAAAGAGGCAGCUGACGGAAGGCUUUGUGCUCAGAAUCAAUCAACUAAUGCACCUAGAUCUGAGGAAACUUCAAGAGGUAAUCUGAGUGAUUAUGAGGACUCAGAUGAUGAUAUUCAUACACCAAGUGACAGCGGAGAAGAAGAUGCGCAAUGGAGAGUAGGGCUCAGAUUUUCCAAUAGAGGGGAUUUCAAAAAGGCACUGGCAAAGUAUGCAAUAUUGCAAGGGAGGAAUUUGAGCAUUAUAUGCAGCAACAAGUAUAGACAGCAAAGGCUAGGAGUAAGGUGUACUGCAGGUUGUCCCUUUUACAUGUACUCUUCUUGGGAUUCUCGGAGGGCAACAUUUGUUAUUAAGACAGUUGAGGACAACCAUACUUGUCACAGGAAUAUGAAAAAGAAUAAGCAGCUGAAGUCUACUUGGCUAGCAGAGCAAUUUAUUGAGGUGUUUAAGGCAAGACCGCAUUGGCCUGCUAAAGAGAUAGUCGAGACAGUGAGGAGAGCCUACAAGGUUAUUGUGACUAAGGAUUUUGCUUAUAAAAUCAAGUUAUUCACCUGUUUUGAGGGUUUGCAAAAGGGAUGGAGAGAGGGGUGCAGAAAAGUGAUUUGUGUUGAUGCAUGUUUCAUCAAAACAUUCCUCGGCGGACAACUGUUAUCUGCUAUAGGAAGAGAUGCUAAUGAUCAGAUGUUUCCUAUAGCAUGGGCUAUAGUGGAGGGAGAAAAUAAUCAGUCUUGGGAAUGGUUCUUCAAUGCAUUGCAAUCGACUUUGGAUUUGGGUGAAGGUGAGGGGAUUGCAGUCAUAUCAGAUGAGCACUGUUUCGGGGUUUUCUGA